GGAGUACCUGUCUCCUGCCUCUGGGUUCCAAAGUCUUCAAUUCCGGCUUUUGGAGAACAAAAUCGGGGUGCCGGACAACCUGAGGGUUCCCUACAACAGACGUCAUUACAGGGACAAUUUUAAGGGGCAUGACAGUGAGAUGCUGGUGGAGACAGAACAAGAGCCAACGCUUCUGAAGCUCGUUGAGGAGUGGCUGGAGAGAACACCUGGCUUGGAAGUGGAUGGAUUCAAUUUCUGGGAAAGACUAAAAAUCAAUAUAUUCGAUGGACUGAAUCUGGAGGAGAAGAAAAUCGAGAAAAUGCCAGAGUCUGAGGAGAAAGAGGAGCUGAUGGCUGAGCUCGUCAAACAGAGAGAGCUCUUCACGUCCCUGUUUGAUGAAAAACGUCAUUACCACCUGGUCAGCAAAGGGGAAAGACGGCUAUCUUACAAGGCUUUACAAGGUGCUCUGAUGAUCUACUUCUACAGGGAAGAGCCGAGGUUCCAGGUCCCCUUCCAGCUGCUCACAUCCCUCAUGGACAUCGACACCCUCAUGACAAAAUGGAGAUACAACCAUGUGUGCAUGGUACACCGAAUGAUUGGCAGCAAAGCUGGAACAGGGGGCUCAUCAGGCUACCAGUACUUAAGAUCCACUGUCAGUGACCGCUACAAAGUGUUUGUGGAUCUGUUUAACCUGGCUACAUUCCUGGUGCCUCGUCACUGGGUGCCCAAACUCAACCCCAACGUUCACACCUUCCUGUACAUGGCCGAAUGCUGCGACAGCUCCUACUGCAGCAGCGAGGACUCAGACUAAAAGUGCAUCUCUGCCGUCUGUUCUGGCCUCCCUUCAUGGUGGCAGAUGUCAGCCAUGGGGUUAUUUGCCAAGUGUGUAGGUGUAGUUCAGCCCCUCUGUCGGGCCAAUAUAUAAAUGAGUCAGAGCACCAUUUUGACAUCAGAUUUAUUCAACUUCACUCAAGCCAAGUAAGGACAGUAGUAAAAUUCAUACGAAAAGAAUAAAAAUGAUCGUCAGUGUUUUAUACCAGGUGUUAGGUUGGCUUAGUAGAUUUGUGAACGAAAUUCAUAAUUAGGUUUUUAUAUACUAAAGUUCAGCAAGAGGUAGAAAUUAACCAGAAAAAAAAAAUCCAGUUGCAGGGCUUGUGACAUAAUGUCUGACAUUAAAUAUUUCACGAUGCCAAAUCAAGCUUUUUUACUUUAAUCUGGCCUCUGAGUCACAAAGUGCCGCAGACGGCUCCUUGAUAAGGCCUGCCUAGAUGUAACCCUAUGUAAAUGAAGGAGAAGUGACCUGGAGGCAGGCAGAUCAGUGGGUGGAAUGAUCAAACCGUGCAUGAAGGCACAAUGCUGCUGGGUUUUUACGCAACGCCUUUCAUGUCAGCAUGUCGCAAUGGGCCGCUUCACACAGAUGCACCUUAAGUGAAAGAAAAGAGUGUAAAUAAGAUGAAAUCUCAAGCAUUUAAAAUGCCAACCACUAAAGCAGGGAGAUUUGCACGGCUUAAAUCCGUAGACGACAUUAACUGUGUACAUAAUGCUAAUCAUCUAGCUCUUCAACUUCUGUAUAGUAUUCUAGAUAAUUUUGUAUUAUAUUUA